AUGCCACUGGUGAUGAUGAUGAUGAUGAUGGAUGAUGAUGAUGAUGAUGAUGGUGAUGAUGAUGGUGAUGAUGAUGAUGAUGAUGGUGAUGAUGAUGAUGAUGAUGAUGAUGGUGAUGAUGAUGAUGAUGGUGAUGAUGAUGAUGAUGAUGAUGAUGAUGGUGAUGAUGAUGAUGAUGAUGAUGAUGAUGAUGAUGAUGAUGAUGAUGAUGAUGAUGAUGAUGAUGAUGAUGAUGAUGAUGAUGAUGAUGAUGAUGAUGAUGAUGAUGAUGAUGAUGAUGAUGAUGAUGAUGAUGAUGAUGAUGAUGAUGAUGAUGAUGAUGAUGAUGAUGAUGAUGAUGAUGAUGAUGAUGAUGAUGAUGAUGAUGAUGAUGAUGAUGAUGAUGAUGAUGAUGAUGAUGAUGAUGAUGAUGAUGAUGAUGAUGAUGAUGAUGAUGAUGAUGAUGAUGAUGAUGAUGAUGAUGAUGAUGAUGAUGAUGAUGAUGAUGAUGAUGAUGAUGAUGAUGAUGAUGAUGAUGAUGAUGAUGAUGAUGAUGAUGAUGAUGAUGAUGAUGAUGAUGAUGAUGAUGAUGAUGAUGAUGAUGAUGAUGAUGAUGAUGAUGAUGAUGAUGAUGAUGAUGAUGAUGAUGAUGAUGAUGAUGAUGAUGAUGAUGAUGAUGAUGAUGAUGAUGAUGAUGAUGAUGAUGAUGAUGAUGAUGAUGAUGAUGAUGAUGAUGAUGAUGAUGAUGAUGAUGAUGAUGAUGAUGAUGAUGAUGAUGAUGAUGAUGAUGAUGAUGAUGAUGAUGAUGAUGAUGAUGAUGAUGAUGAUGAUGAUGAUGAUGAUGAUGAUGAUGAUGAUGAUGAUGAUGAUGAUGAUGAUGAUGAUGAUGAUGAUGAUGAUGAUGAUGAUGAUGAUGUUGUAAGAGCUCUCUGCAGGAUUGUCUUGCAUGAAAGAUUCUGGCUAAACCUGUGUUACUCCUGA